AUGACUGAAACCACGCAAAAAACGCAAAUCCUCAUCACAGACAUCCCACACCAGGAAUUCGACAACGGCUGGCCCCAAACGCUUCAAAAGCAGUUGUUUGAUGAAAAGUUCCCGCACCUGAAGAAACACUGUCAAUACUACACUCCGCUGGCGUUCUUGCACCGUGUAGUUAUUAUCUUUGACCAAGAAGAUGCAACGCUGGCGGUGCACUCGUUCCUGGUCCAGGACCUGGCGUCCAAGCCGGUAAAGGUGUAUCUGACAGAAUCGCUUUUGUCCAGGUCCCGUUCCAAGUCAGAGGACUCAACCAAAAACUCAGAAGACAUCGAAUUCCACACGUUCAAACGUCCACAGCUGUCUUUGGACACGCAGGGAUCCCAGGGAAUAUCUGUUGCACUAUCACCCGAGCGAGCAGACACUCACUCGCCCACGGCCAUGAAAUUCCCCAACGAUGGCAAAGUUCAUUACUACCAGGAGCCACUACCCAAGCCAGAGUCGCCAGAAAAACAGGACACAACUCCAGGAUCCACCAAGCUGCUGUAUCAACCACACCUGACCCUUAACACAGCCUACACGGGCCAUAGCUCUGACAGUAUCUCGUCGGUGCCCGUGAGUCCCAGUAUAACUCUGGAUGAAUUUAGUACUUAA